CUUCAGUCCGGUGAAGGACGCCAUUUUGUCGUUAGCUGUGACGAGGAGUACAGGGAUAUUGUUGGAAAGCGGCACUGAAAAGAUCUGCCACCAUGGGGAACAUGUUUGCAGGCCUCUUUAAGAAUCUCUUUGGGAAGAAAGAGAUGCGAAUCCUAAUGGUGGGUUUGGAUGCUGCCGGAAAAACCACCAUCCUGUACAAACUCAAACUGGGAGAGAUCGUCACCACCAUCCCUACUAUCGGUUUUAAUGUAGAGACAGUAGAAUAUAAAAACAUUAGUUUCACAGUGUGGGACGUCGGCGGUCAGGAUAAGAUCCGGCCGCUGUGGAGGCAUUACUUCCAGAACACACAAGGUCUGAUCUUUGUGGUGGACAGUAACGACAGGGAGCGAGUGAACGAGGCAAGAGAGGAGUUGACGAGGAUGUUGGCUGAAGAUGAGCUCAGAGAUGCUGUGCUGCUUGUUUUCGCCAACAAACAGGAUCUGCCGAACGCGAUGAACGCAGCAGAGAUCACAGAUAAACUGGGUCUGCACUCACUGCGGCACCGCAACUGGUACAUCCAGGCCACGUGCGCUACCAGCGGAGACGGGCUCUACGAAGGCCUCGACUGGCUCUCCAACCAGCUGAAAAACGCUAAAUGAUCCAUUCCACCCAGCCCUCUGCGCUCUAUGUGUGUGUAUGUGUGUGGUGAGAAUGGCAGCGCUGGAUUUAGUCUCUCGGUCACCCACUUUAUCCAUCCCUUUCUUCUUUUGUUUGAUUCUGUAGACUUAGAGGCUCUCCCCAGUGCUGACUUGUGCGCAUGUGUACUGGAAUGAAAGUGUGUGUGUGUGUGAGAGAGUGAGAAAUGAGAGUGGGAGCAGCCCUGCUGUGCCUUUGAAUACGUGGUCCUCGUACAGCUCGCUUCUCUCCCCCUCUCUGUGUCUCAUCAUGUCCCUCAUGUCCACGGUUUUCACCAAGCAAAGAAUGACCCAGGAUGCUGAAUGUUUUAUUUAAUUACUCACACAAUAAAUGAAGUCUUGAUUUCCAUCCUAUGAUAAUGAUGAAACAGUCGUGCACGUCUAAGAUGUUAUGAGUCGUCGUUGUCACCAGUUGGUGGUGUUUUUUUUUUUUCCCUUUUGCCCCACGUAUGAUGAAACUCAUUGUAACCUGCAUCAGGUUGGGAGGGGAAAAAAAAGAAAGAAAAGACAAUAAAGUCAUGUUUUCCAUCCUAGAUCCUUCUUUGCAUUAUUGUAGAAAUGAGGCUCAUGAGGUUGCCAUGAACAUCGCUGUUUCCUGAGGCGUAUUGAGGCCUGACUGAAAUGUUGUGACUGAAAUGUGUUGACUGAAGUACACGGUUGUCCGUUCUGGCGCUAACAGGAAGUAAUGCAUCUGAAGUCUUUCACCUCGCAUUCUCACGGCGCUAAGAAUAAGCCGAUGAGCAUGGCACGAUUUCUGUUUAGUCUUUGUUAGUGACAUGGCAUUAAUCCAUUGUUGGUGACAUUGGCAGCCUUUUUUUUUUUUUUUUUUUUUUGACUGAACCAGUGCUUUGAAAUGUGAAGGUUGUCUGUCUGUCUGUCUUCGAGCCUGAGAGGAGACUUAUCAAGGAGCACCGAGGCUGUUUUAGAGCUGCUCCCACUCUGAUUGUUCUUGUUUUCAUUUUUAUUAGAUGAUGUUCCCAGUCUUUAGCCUUGUACGAGUCACAACCAUAACUGCAUCCUUUUUUUUUUUUUUUUUCUCUUU